AUUAGCGGAAAAGGUAACAUCAGAAAUCAAAACUUUUUGAUUUUGAAUAUCGAUUCUAUUAUUUAGCUAUCAAAUUAUUAUCAAAACCUCUACGAGACCCUGAUGUAAUUAGUUGCUCAUCAUUAGUUUCAAGAUUUUCAUUCCAUUCAAGUUAAUAUGUUCAAUAAUUUGACUCUUACACAUUUCAUUAUCAUUGGUGUUGUUGGUCUUGUGGCCACAACGAUCAUUGUGGGUACCGUUAUUUCAACGAAGAUGAAUAAAUCUUCAAGUCCUACAAAAUUGGGUAAACUCGAAAUAAUUUCAGCUAAAACUGAAUGGAAACUUUUUGAAUCGGGAUCAGUAUUACUGGACAAUGUAUUCGUCGGUGGUAGUAACAGUGAUGGAGGAUCGAUCUAUGUGUGCAGGGUAAAUUCAUCGAUAGCGAGUGAACUUUUACCAGGAAUGUAUGACCCAGUUCAAGGUUCUUGCCAAAUGACCUGGGGAGGAAAAACUUAUAGUUAUUCUAAGUUUGAUCUUUUGACGACAAAUGACCCUUCGUCUCUGGUUUGGUUGGGCAAUAAGGAUGGUGAUGUUUCAUUGGGCAGUAUAGUGGGUGGACUAUCUGAUCGUAGCGAUGAACUGAAUAUAGCCCGAGCCAUGAUUUCAGGAGGUCAGGCAAUCGGUAAAGUACAUGGGAGACACUCGAAAGCGUAUGUACCCUUUGCAGGGAAAGAAACGGAAAUUUUCUCAUACGAAGUACUUUGUAGUUUUGAUUACAAAUUAUAAUCACAAUCAAAUGAAUAACGAUUCAAUAAAAUCUAAUUUAUUCCAUUAACAAUCUUACAGAUUAU